GGACUGACAGCCAGGCACGUCUGGCGAGAAACGAGAGGCGAGAUUGCAGUGUGAGAGACAGAGAGACAGAGAUAGAAAGGGGGAUAUCAUAUCGCGGGGAGAGAGAGAAACGGACGAAAUAUUUGGUUCUUUCCUCUGUUUUCUUCCAGGAACAUCUGUCCCGCGCCUGUCUGCCACGGGAUCGCUCUAGCAGGGUUUGAGGAGUGUUCCUGUGUGUGCGUGUAUGCAGAAGGGGUAUCCGCCCCCCCCCCUGUCCGUUUCCCCUUCUCUCCAAAUCUUCUCCCUUUUUUUUAUAUUUUUCUCCGUUUUCUGGUCUCUGCUGUUGAUGUACACCAGCUUGUUUUUAGAGAAACGGUUUUCUGUGUCGGAGCCCUGCACACACACAGACAGAUAGAAGUGCGAGGCACGGAGAGGAGACAGACAGACAACGACGUUAACUGGAGGAAUGAACGGAAAAUGCUGUGCGCCAGCGGUGGCAGCCGUGAUAUUACCGAUAAAUUCGUGACCCGCGCGACGAGAGGAGAGAAGACCCGCUGCAGCACCAAGCCUCUCCCGCUCCCUAAAUUCUCUGGAUAGAGGCAUGUGACUUCAGCAGACCACACAUAAACAGACGGAGAGAGAGACGGAGAGAGAGACAGAGAGAGAGAGCUCACUGGGCCUCAACACUCUCUGACAUCACCAUCCCCUCUGUGACAUCACUCUGACAUCACCAUCCCCUCUGUGACAUCACUUUGACAUCAUCAUCACCAUCGCCCUCUGUGGAUGAGCCGCCUGUCUGGACGCCUGCGGUCAGGUGGAGGUGGCGGGGUGGGGCGUGAAGGUGGGGCCUUGGCGGAGGAGCAGGGGUGUGAGGGGGAGCUGGCGACGUGGGGGAGGGAGGUGGCAGCAGGGGUACAGGAGAGGGUCAUAGUGGAACCCAGUGCUGAGGCUGGAGCUCAAGGGACCCUUGACCUUUCACCAUCACCCUCGCCCCACUCCCUGGCCAACGGGGUUCACCUGCACAGGAGGCCUGGCCUUGGAACACGCCGACGCUGGCAGACAGAGACACACACACCAGGACAGACAGGAGUCACAGGAAUGCAGAUUUACACGGAUCUCCAAAUGCACACACCUGCGGACACUCACACACACCUAGCCGCUAACACACACCUAGCCGCUAACACACACCUAGCCGCUAACACACACCUAGCCGCUAACACACACAUGGAUGCUCACACACACUCGGACUCUGCCGGUCCAGAGCAGCCCAGAACUGUUUCAUCACCAGAGACUCACACCAGAUCACCUCAGCGACAGGUCCUCUUGCCUGUCACUCAUUCAGCCUGCACCAAUCAGCAAGUUGCUCCCUCUCCCUGCAGCCCGCUUCCUCCACCCUCUGCAAACAGAGACAGGCCCCCGGCCAUUAGCCCUGCCCAUAUUGGACCAACACCUCUGGAUCUCUCUAAACCCUCAAGAGCUAUUGGCCCAAAUCCUACAGGCCCUUCUCUUAUUGGUCCAUCCGGUUCAAACCCUUCUACUAUUGGCCCAGACCCUGUAGAUCCCUCCCCUGUAUCUGUCGAAGGAGAGAGGAAGUAUGCGCUCCGUAGCUCCGGUCGACCUCGCUUCCCCUGCCAGCUACGCAAGUCCUCCCGCAUCCGCCGAUCCACCGAGGAUGGAGAGAGGAGGGGAGGGAGGGAGAGCGAGAGGGAGGAGGAGAUGGCAGAGGAGGAAGAAGAGGAGGAGAAAGAGAGGGUGAGUGUACAUGUAAAGGUAGAGCGCCCCACAGUGGAGGAGGGUUUACCUGCAACCUCGAAGCCUGCUGACUCAGCUGUACCUGUAGCACCACGCCCUUCACCACGCCCUACACCACGCCCUACACCACACCCCACCUCUCACUACGCCCCCCGGCCAGCGCCCAAACCCAGAACAUCAACCAAACCCCAACCUAGACCUUCAACCAACGCCAAACAAAAAGCCCAACCCAGACCAUCGAUGAAAGCCUCGCCCAAAGCCUCGCCCAGACCAGCGACCAAUCUUUCGCCUUGUCCAUCGAUCAAUACCGUUCCCCAGCCGACAGUGAAGAAGGAGGUACCUGAUGAUCUAGUUCCUCCCACUAAACAGAAACGGCGGUUCGUUGGUGUGAGGCGUAUCGUGGUGAAGGUGGCUCGUAUCCCGGUCAACCUCAGCCGACGCCAAAAGAGCUACAAGAUUUCCUCCAUGGAGACCGUUGUCGGACCGGAGAGGGGCGGGGCCAGUGGCGAGGGGGGGUUGGAGGGAGCAGAGGGGGUGACAUCGGUGGUCCGAGAGCCAACUGCGCUCCUUCGCAUGAAGAACAAUGGGAAGAAUGUGAUGGUCAUGUUCCCGCCUGGAGAACUCCCGGUGAUCCUGAAACGCAGACGUGGCCGACCUCCCAAACAGGUUGUACCGGGAAUGCCAGAUAAAACAGGUGGGAAUUUUGUCGCUGCCAGUGGGAACGGCGAGCCCAAGAAACCUCGUCGGCGCCGGCGGACCAAGCUCCCAUCUCCGCAACCGUCGUACGUGAACGACACCAACGACGUCAAGACAGAGUACGGAGACGUUCUGUCCAAACUGGCGUUCCUAAACCACCAAACGCCUGCCACCGGCCGCUGCUCCCCACCACGCUGCUGGACACCCAGCGAACCGGAUAGCUUUCACACGCCGUCCAACAACCCUGGGAUCUCCGCCCUGCUCCACCGACUCACAGGGUUCAGACGCAGGGGAGGGAGGGGUGGUGGCGUAGGGGGCAGGGGAGGAGGAGCAGGAGGAGCCGGUGGAGAGGGCUUCAAGAGCUCCUUCAGUGACUUCUUCGAGACGAUCGGGAAGAAAAGGAAAGUGAUCCCUGCUCUGUCAGAACCAGGGUUACCCAGGAAACGAGGGAAGGGUGGGGGGGGCAGGGGAGGAGGGGUUGCAGGGGGGGAGAUGGGGGCUGGAGGUGACGGGUGGAAGCCGAUGAGAAAACGACGCUCGUGCAAGAAUGGGGUUCUGAAAGGGGAGGCAGGAGGUCACCUGGAGCAAGACUGGUCUAAUGGUGGAGGUGUCUGGGAGGAUGACCGGGGAGGGGAGAGGGAGAGAGGGCCGGGGGCGUACCAGGCCUGUGGCUCCCUGAGGGGGGACUUCCUGCCCUGUGAGGGGGGAAGAGCAGGUGCAUACGGCAGCCCUGGGGGCAGCAGAGAAGGUGGAGGUGGUGAUGAAGUGCAGGGUUUGUUCGCUGGAUAUUUUCGCUCCCUGCUCGACUCUGACGACUCCUCCGACCUCCUGGAUAUCUCCUCCUCUCGGCCUGACCCCAGGAAACCUCCUCCCACCCCGGGCUACGACUCCUCCAGCACUGCCCCCGGCCCAGGUUCUCGCUGGUCCCCAGCCUUCCCCAAGCGCAGCCCCAAAGGAGAGGCAAGGGAGAACCAAACCCAGGUCUCUUCGUCCUCCUCUUCCAGACCUCAUUACAGCUACUACCUUUCCCAGAACUCCCCGACCACUUCCUCCUUCCCAAAGUCCACCCCUCCCUCCCUCUCUCUGCCUCGCUCUCCCAGUUCCCCCCAUCCCUCCUCCUACGGUCACUACCCGUCCGGCUAUUCCUCCUCCUCUCCUGCGGGGGGCAGUGCAGCACCACAGAGACCCACAGACUGCAGCUUUGCAGCCUACGGGGCAGCAGGGCUGGAUAAGGCCUCCACAGUCCCCCCCGUGGGCCAGGGUCAGAUGGGCUAUUCCAAUUUUUCCAAGCGUGGAUAUGGGGGCUACCCUGGGCAGGUUGGACCAUCCUCUCCAGGGGGAGGGGGGUAUAUGGCCAUGGCCAAGAACAACCCCUUCCAUUCCUCAUCAUCUCCAGAGGGUUAUAGACACUACCCCUCCAACCAGUGGAACUGCAAACAGGGCUCCAGUGGCUGGGCAUGGGACAGUCUGGCUCAUCAUUACCCAGGAGGCUACAGUGACUACGUCACCCCAGGCCCCAGCGAGCCCAAAGACAUCCUGGACAUCUCUAACUACACCCCACAAAAGGUCAAGCGACAACCCUUCCUCGAGAGCCUAUCAGAGUCCUCCUCUGACUCAUCCCACCUGGGGGUCACCGGGUCAGGAGGCGGGGUCAGUACCGGAGGUGGGGGCGGAGGCUCGGGUUCAGGUUCCGGAGGUGGGGCUUACAGGCAGGGUGGAGGCAGGGAGUCUCUUCCUAUUGGUGGAGAGGGAGGUCAAGGCCAGUCCAGCCUAUCAAGUCUGGAGAAGUUAAUGAUGGACUGGCAUGAGAGCGCCUCAGGCCCCUCUUACAACUGGAGCCAGAACGUUCUCUUCCAGGGGCAGGGAAAGCCCGGGCGGGGGCGCAGGAAACGGAAUGCUGCCGAACCCCAAAUGGAAAAGGAGGGGGGUGGUGGACCAGGACCGGAGCUCCCCCCAGACUCUCCCACCAGCCCCCCAGCCCAGACACAGUCCCACACCUCAACCCAGGGCUCUGGUGCCAAACGCAGUGGGAUUGGGGGGCGGCAGGGCAGGGGGGCGAGGGGAGGCAGGGGAAGGCUGUGCCCGUCCCCAAGAGAACGCCCCCCAGGGGGGAAGAAGGGUAAGGCUGCUGGGGGUGGGGAUGGAGGAGGAGGGGGUACUGCUCAGGGGGGGUUGUUCCAGGAAGGCCUUGACUACUUCAGUGGAGACAGCAGCAGCCUCUCCCCCCUCCCUACCCUUGCCCUACACCUUGGUUACCCCCCCGAGCCCUGUGAGUACCCCUCCCCAACUCCUUACUCCGCCCACCCCUCCACCCCGUCCUCAGAGGAGCGCUACCCAACCCUCUUCCCUGGCGAGGCCUCAUCCUCCUCUCUCUCCCCUGGGAUGACUUCCACAGCCUCCUCCUAUCCUCCCAAACUAUCACCCACCCCCCAGCCCUACCACCCCCCUCUCACCCCUGCUCCUCCCCACUCCUCCUUCUCCCCGUCCUGCUCCCAAUCGCCACGGUUACUGGCCCACUGUGGAACAGCGCUGAGCCCCCCCUAUCGUAACCCAGCAACCAUCUCCAAGGACCAUUUCACCUCCCAGUAUGAUUCUCCCAGCUGCUGUAGCUCCCCUUGUUGGUACAGCGGGGCAUCGCUCAGUGGCAGCACCAGCCCUCACACUAACACACACGACAACGCACACGUACACGCUAAUGUGAACCCUCACGCUAGCCCUAACAACCAUCCUGAUCCUAAAGCUUCUGCACACCCACACACCAACACACACCCACACACCAACACACCGACACACACCAACACACACCCAAACCCCAACCCUCACGCAAAUAUGAGCCCACACACACACUCCAACCCUAACACCAACCCUCACACGCACAACAACCCCCAUAGCAAAAAACACCCGCACACCAACACACACCACCUUCAUUCAAACCACAACCAACAUCUUCACCCCCACACUCACACUCAUCCUAACAUGUAUACAAAGCCCACCCUACACACUAGCCCCCACCCCCACCCCAACCCUAACCUCUCCCCUCACCCCAACACUAACCUCUCCCCCCACUCCCACUCCCACCCCAACCCUAACCUCUCCCCUCUCCCUCAUCCCAACCCUAACCUCUCCCCUCACCCCAAC